AAUUCGAUGCCCUGGAAGGGCCGGUACCCAGGAGGAGGCGCUUCACGGCCCGGAGUCUCGGAGCAUGGUCCCCGGAGAGCCGCGCGCAACAGAAGGCGCCCGAUCUGUCGAGACGGAGCGCACGUACAUCAAAAUCCAAGUGGAACUUAAGACAUCUUAUUGGUAAACUGCUUUGAAGUAACUCAGAAAUAGCCAUUCAGACUGUCCACAGUUGACAAAUAAAAGAAAUCUGAUUGUGGCCCUACAUGAAAGGUGAAAGGAAAGGAAAAAUUAAAUGGACCAUAUUUGCUGGGUGUUUCUGAAAAUAUGUUCAUGGUCCCUGGCAGAUUCCAAGAAAGACCAAACAACUUAGAAAGGGUAGGAUGGAGUGGAGAGUUGACGGGUCAAGGCACAAAUUACACAGACCUCCCUCUUCCUGCAGGAGAUUUCCUAUCCAACAAGCACGAUGCAGGGAGCGGGAUUUGUGGGGUACCUUAACUAUACUAUCACUGUUUGCUGAGAUAGUCAUGGCAAAUUCAGAGACAUUGAGAGCAGCUUCAGGAAGCCUGGGCUCUGUCAACUCUGCCUCUAUGGAAAAUAACAGCAUGGAAACACCAUUUCUGGCUACGUGGAACCACCAGCAUGGGAAAAACGUGGCCAUGCAAGACCUGAGCACAUCUGAACUUCUCGGGACUUCACAUUCCCCAUCGCACUCAAGAAAUGCCAGGAGAAACUCCAGAAGGUCUGGGAAGGGUCCUUGUCGCUUACAUAGCCGCGCACUCAAUGUGCAGGACCUGGGGCUUGGCUAUAAAACUGAGGAGGUUGUUUUGUUCAAGUAUUGCAGUGGGUCAUGUGAUUCUUACCGCACUAACUAUGACCAGGUCAUGAAUUACAUCACACAGCAAGGUCUUGUGCCUGUAGAGAAGAAUUUCAUGUCUAAACCUUGCUGCCGACCCGUCCUGUUUGAGAACUUCUCUUUCCUGGAUAUAUACAAUGUCUGGCAAAAUGUGGAAAAAGGUUCAGCAGCUGCAUGUGGUUGUGUGGGCUAAAUAUGCUAUCUGAUCUUCGCUCCCAGGGUUUCUGAAUUGAUAUAUCCUUGUUCAUGCUACAGAGAGAUCAUAAAAGAUAGAUAUAAGAGAUCAUAGACAGCCAAUUUGGUCUAGUGGUUAAGGCACCAGGCUAGAAAGUGGGAAACGGUGAGUUCAUGUCCCACCUUAACCAUGAAAGCCAGCUGGGUGACUUUGGGCCAGUCCCUCUCUCUUAGCCCAACUCACCUUACAGGGAUGUUGUUGUGGGGAAAAUAGGAGGAAAGUGUGCUGGACAUGUUCACUGCCUUGAGUUAUUUGUAAAAAUGAUAAAGGCGGGAUACAAAUAAAUAAAAUAAAAAUAAGCCUGCCCUGCCGGUAAGUGGCAGCAGGAGGAGAAAUAAACUUCACACUAGAGUCCAGGUGCAAGGAAUGAAUGCACAAUUAACAGGAGCUAAGCAUAGUAUUGUUGGCC